AUGGCCGAAAACGCGGAGGAGUCGCGGGAAGCAUUAUUCAGGCCCAGCAAGCGGAGAAAGGUUUUCAGGAAACGCGUUGCUGGAGAUGAUGGAGAUGGAGAGGAGAGACGAGAGGGUGCUGCGGAGUUCGAUGGUUCGAGCGGGAAUGUGAACCCCGUACAGGAGAAUCCCAACGACACGCUGUCGGCGGUGAAGAGGCCUGCAGCUAAGAAGCACGGAAUCAGUUUCUCGAGCAGUCUUGCUGCGAAUCAGAGCGCAGCGAGGCAGGAUGUAUCGAAGGAAUUUGCUCUUGUGCCCGUAGUCGACCAAGGGGCGGGUAACGCCUUGCGGAGCGAUCGCUUCACGAAACCUACCGGAAAUGUAGACGUCGUCGAAGACAAGCAUUUGACGGCAUAUGUAGACUCCAAGUUGGCUGAACUGCGUUCGUCAUCAGCUACACCUCUUGCGCACGGCAAUAGCCCGGUGGCGUCGACUGGAAACAUUGAUGAUAACUCAUCAACCCUAGACGCCUAUGCUGGUGACCUCGAAGCCGGUACGCCUGCUGGGGCAGCCACGACUAAACAAGCCGUUGAGAGUUCGCGAAAGGGCCUCCCGUCCGGCACUCGCAACAGGAGACCACGACGCCAACCACAUGUACGCGAUGCCAGUGACGCUGCUCGGGACGCCAUGGUCGAUGCGAUCAUGAAGGAGAGUCAAGUGCCUCUCUACGAUCAGUCCACAAAUGCAACGACACCGAACACAGGCUCAUCUGCGAUCGACAAGGACGAAGCGGCAGCAGAGGCUUUCAAGGCGGAAUUCCUUGCCGACUUGGAGCAGAGGAAACGACGCAAGCCGCCUGCUCCACCUGCUGCUGGGCAGGUGUCCAGUGGACCGAAGCUUGGUGGGAGUAGAGCCCAGAGGGAGAAGAUGAGGGCUUUGGAGGAGGCGAAGAAUGCUGUCGGGAAGAAGUGA